AUGUCCACGAAGAGCGAGUCUCUGUUACCGUAUUACACAGCCCAGAGUGGUUCUGGAGUCGGCAUGUUCAACACCGCCAUGGGGAAAUUACAGCGGCAGCUGCACAAAGGGGAGUAUGAUAUAUUCAAGUACGCGCCGAUAUUCGAGAGUGACUUCAUCCAGAUCACCAAACGCGGAGAAGUGAUCGACGUACACAACCGUGUCCGGAUGGUCACCGUGGGCAUUGCGUCCACCAGUCCCAUCCUUCCACUCCCUGAUGUCAUGCUACUGGCCAGACCGGCACCAUGCGAAGAGGUUCCUGGACGUGGCCAGUCCAACACCACCAAGGGCAAAAAACGCAAGCCUGGAAAGACCCUGGAGCUCACUAGGCUCCUCCCUUUGAAGUUUGUAAAGAUUUCUGUUCACAAACGUGAUAAACAACAGCUACGCCUGAGGUUCGCUACUGGCCGUUCUUGCUACCUGCAGUUGUGUCCCCCUCCCGAAAGCAAGGAUGACCUCUUUUCCUACUGGGAAAAAUUGAUUUACCUCCUGAGACCACCUGUGGACAGCAACAGCAGUACGUACGCCAUCCCAGCCGGGGACAUGAUGAACAUGCCUUUUCUAGAUGAAGAACACAAGACUAGUCAUCCAAGAGUGGACAUCCACGGAAAAGGCAGAAAAAGCGAGGCAGACCAGGUCAGCGUCAAAAGCCUCCCUAUGGUCACAGACUUCAGUGAGGUUGGCUCUUCUGCUUUUGCUGGUGGGGAGGGAAUCCUUCAUGAUUCUUACAUAGCCACUGUUCUGUCUGGGGUACCCACUCCCAAAAUAAGCUCAAAAGUCCUUGCCAGAGAGUCAGGAACAGGGGUAAUAGUGAGUGACCUAGUGGGCACUUUGAGCUUGACACCAAACAGGUCUGUAGGCUCUGGACAGCUAAGUGCAGUCACAACAGGAGAGGGUACCAUGGGAGCAAGAGGAAGCAAAAGCCAUUUGACCCUUGCAAGCGCUGGCAAGAUGUCGCCCAAGAGCAUGAAGAUGGCCUUGGCAGGGGUGGCAAGCAAGUCCUUGGAGUAUAUUCCCAAUUCAUCCGGCAGCCUCUCCCGAAAAGAGAUCAUGACUAUAACAAAUUCAAGGAUCGAGACUACAGGAAAGCCUGUUGGAGAAAUAGCAAAUGACCCAGACCCAGUCCCAGACCCAGUCCCUGUCCCUGUCCCUGUAGUCCUUGCCUUGACCAUGCCAAGCGAAAGCCGCUCAAGCCAAGAGACUGGACGUCGGAAAGCCUUCGCGACCAACACCAAAGCCCAUAAGGAAAGGAGGUCAAGAAGGGAGCAGAGAGCAAAGGACAGAGUUAGCAGCAGGAGUGAGCAUCACCACAGGACAGGAGAAGGUCGCAAGACAGCAGGGGACAAGGAGUUUCGAAAAUCAGCCAGCCACAGAUGUGUUGGCGAUGACAAGAAGGACAAAGGCAGCAAGCGAAGCAGGUCGCACAAAGGGGUCAGCCAUGUCCCCAUCACAAAGGAGUCCCGGAGCCGAACCGUCUCCACUGCCAGCUCUGUCUCUACGAGCAAGAGGGUGGGCAGAAUCAGCAUGUUCCUGAGAAACAUCAGAGCCAACUUGGCUGCAAAAGGCCUGGCACUACAGCGUGGGCAAGAUGUGGGUAUCAUGACUAAGACACUAGAGAAAACCGACGUGAAGGCCAUCAUGGAGUCAGAGGGUGGCCAGGACCUGGAAAUCAUUGAUUCUGUGACAUCUGAGGUCAUGGAGACAGUGACCUUCGAAGCUCAUUAA